AACCUGGAGAUUGUCCACGUUUACAGCAUUCAGACACCGCUGCCCUACUCCACAUCUACAGCCUCGGGCCUCUGCGUGAAGCGCGCAUACGACUGUAGGCCUCCACAUUUAUCCAUUUAGUGGCUAUUAUUAUUGUUUAUUGUUUUGAAUCCCUCUAAAUUAGGCUAUUUGACGUGAUUUUGAAGAUGUUUGCCUGCUGCAUUGCCUUUUUCCUCCUCACUACGUGGUCUUCGGUGGAGUGUAAUCCCAAUCCUGUGCUAGGAGAUGUAGUCGUGGACAGAUACUUCAUCCCCAAAGUCUGUGCCAGAGAAUCGAAAACUGGCGAUUAUGUCCGCUAUCACUAUAACGGCACAUUUGUCGACGGGAAAACAUUUGAUUCGAGCCAUCAGAAAGGAGACGCCAAAGUGGGCCUGCUCGGGGAGGGCCGGCUCAUCGCUGGCAUUGAUAAAGGUCUGCAGGGUAUGUGUGUGAAUGAGCGCAGGACAGUCACCGUCCCUCCUCACCUGGCCUAUGGAGACACCGGUGCAGGUGACGUGAUUCCUCCAGACGCCACCCUGGUGUUUGACAUCCAUCUGCUGGAUCUGUGGAACAAAGCCGACCUGGUUGUCACCAAAACCAUCACCACUCCCAAAGACUGCAAACGCUCUGUGAUGCGCACAGACUUUGUGCGCUACCAUUUCAACGGCACUCUGCUCGACGGCACAGUCUUUGACUCCAGCUACACAAGGAAGCAGACCCACGACUCCUUAGUGGGCGAGGGCUGGCUGAUCAAGGGCAUGGAUGAGGGCCUGCUGGGCAUGUGUGUGGGAGAGAUCAGAAAUAUCGUCAUCCCACCCUUCAAAGCCUACGGAGAAAAAGGAUCAGGUGCAGAGAUUCCAUCUCAGGCGACGCUGGUGUUUGAUGUCCUGUUGGUGGACAUUCAUAACCCAAAGGAUAACAUCACCGUUGAGAACCAGGUGGUGCCUGAGUCGUGCACACGCAGGUCUGUGGUCGGGGAUUACGCUCGGUACCACUACAACGGUACCUUCCUGAACAGAGUCACGUUUGACACCAGCUACCAGAGGAAUAGCACAUACAACACCUACAUCGGGAUGGGGUAUGUGAUUGCAGGUAUGGACCAGGCCCUGCUGGGAGUCUGCAUUGGGGAGAGGAGGAGGGUCAUCAUCCCUCCACACCUGGCUUAUGGAGAGCAAGGAGCAGGUGAUGUCAUCCCCCCUUCUGCUGUGCUGGUGUUUGACAUUCACGUCAUCGACUUCCACAACCCCAACGACACAGUAGAGGUCCAGAUCACCUUCAGACCCGAGAUGUGUAACGAGACCACCGGGGUGAACGACCUUGUCCGCUACCACUACAACUGCACCCUGAUGGACGGCACGCCACUCUUCUCCUCACACGACUAUGAGAGCCUUCAGGAUGCAGUGCUGGGGGCGGACAAGGUGAUCGACGGGCUGGAUGAGGGCUUGAGAGGCAUGUGCGUUGGAGAGAAGAGGGUGAUAACGGUGCCGCCUCACCUCGGCCACGGAGAAAAAGGAGCCACUGGUGUGCCAAGCAGUGCUGUGUUGGUCUUUGACAUUGAACUGGUGAGCUUUGAGAAGGGAGUGCCGCCUGGUUACCUGUUUGUGUGGCUCCAGGACAGUCCUGCAGACCUGUUCGAAGCCCUGGACGUCAACAAGAACGAAGAGGUGCCCCAGGAGGAGUUCGGAGAGUUCAUCAAGCUGCAGGUGGCAGAGGGCAAAGGUCGUAUAAAGCCUGGAAUGAUCAUGGAGCAGGUUAUUGAUGACAUGUUCAACAACCAGGACCGGAACAAAGAUGGAGUGAUCACGGCCAACGAACUCAAACUGAAGGUAGACGAGGAUAAGGAAAGGGAAGAGGCGAGGCACGAGGAGUUGUGAUGAGGACAAACGCUUUCAUCCUUGCUCUCAGGGAUAAACCCCAACACCUUAAAAACAAAGCAACGAGAGACUUUUCCCAUAACAGCAUCAUGGUUUAUACUUUCUGUACCACAUUGGACAGUCUUUUGAAAUGACAAGGAAAUAGUGCAAAGGGUCUUUUUGUGCAGUUCUGUGUUGUAUGUUUGUUUUUGAUAGUUUUGAUAGUAUUUCAGAAAACCAAACAAGCACCUUUAUUUGUCCCUGAAAGUCACAUGAAUUUAAAUGUUUGUAAGAAAAAGAAAAUAGUUUUUGUUGUUGUUGACAAAAAGAAUGCAUGGAAUAAAAAGACAUGAUAUCUCUG